AAUGAACCACAGGGGUGUUUUUGCAAAAAGUGAUACCUAUCCAGCUAUCCAAUUGCUUGGCCCGAUCCAAGAGUUCGCCGCCGACUUUGCACGCUAACGGGGAUUAAAACGGCGGUGGUUUUCGUUCCCGAAUACAUCUUUGAUCGAAAACGUCGCCGUAUUUCUCUUUACUCCUGUCUCCCCACUCCCCCUCGCUCUAUUUCCCGCGCGCGCGUGCUCUCUCUCUCUCUCUCUCUCUCUCUCUCUCUCUACAACGGCGACACUCGACAACGCCAUGGAGGAGAAAGUGGCCCGUGCCGCUCCCCCCCACCAGAUGACACAACCUCCAGAUCCCGGACCUAUUGAUAAAUCAGUUCUGGUAGAGCAAGAGCAUCAUAAAUCUGAGGCAAUCUUUACUGGCAGAGGCUAUAAGCCUGUUCGAUUUAUAGAGCACGGCACAAGACUUAACCAGUGGGAGGUGAAGCAUGAAGGAAUGCUUGCACUAUUAAAAAGAGCGGGGUUUUACCACCUCUCCUGCUUGAAGCGGGUCCAAUUAGACCAUGCUUUACUGAACGCUUUGGUCGAGAGGUGGCGGCGUGAGACACAAACAUUCCAUUUGCGGUACGGAGAGAUCACAAUCUUGUUAAAAGACGUGGCAAUCCUAUCUGGCCUUCGCGUGGACGGGAGCCCUGUCACAGGCCCUGCAGAUUGUCGAUGGGAUGAACUGUGCUUAGAGCUUCUAGGGCAGCGGCCAGCAAAGGUUAAAGGUGGUGCAGUUAGUAUUGCCUGGUUUUAUGAGACAUUUCAUAAAAUACCUGAUGGAGCUGGCAAACAACAGAUAGAGUAUGCCACACGAGCAUAUAUUUUGUAUCAACUCGGAUGUAGCUUGUUUCCUGAUCCUAGCGGGACCCGUGUUCACUUGAGGUAUUUGCCAUUACUUCGUGACUUCGAUUUAUGUGGGGAGAUAGCUUGGGGAGCUGCUGCACUCUCCCAUUUAUAUAGAGAGCUGGGGAAGGCCAGCAUGAAGGGGAAGACAAAUUGUUGCGCCUUUCUCACUCUCCUUCAGAUAUGGGCAUGGGAGCAUAUUCGUAUAGGAAGGCCUGAUCGAUUGGAGGUCAAAGCUCUGCUCCAUGAUAGACCCCUCGGAUGCAGGUGGAAUGUCCCAUUCAAGAGCCGUGAAAAUGUGCGAUCAAUUGACACCGAAUUUUAUAGGCAUGGACUUGAUACAAUCUUAGACUCUCAGAUCACAUGGGACCCAUACAACUCAUACUUGAUGGCAGUACUGCCACCUUUCUGCACUGCCGGAUCAGCUGUGUGGCUCUCUAGGGUUCCGUUAAUCUGUUUCCAGGUUGUGGAAAUGCACGUGCCGGAUCGUGUUCUAUUACAGUUUGGAAUGAUCCAGCAUAUCCCUGACCCAGUUGAGGUAGUUGAGCGAGUCACAAUGCAGGGCCGAUCUGUUGAGGACUGGUCCACUUACCAUAGUAAAUACAUUAGGCGGUGGGCAGAUAGGCUAUCCACUGUUGUCGGACAGAGAGAAACGGUGGAUCCAGAUCCUACUCGAGCAAGAAACCAUUACUUUGAGUGGUAUUGGAAUAUUACACGCAGAUGGAUCUCAACCCCGGUUGAGCGGCCAACCAUCUCCUUUCAAUCGCUAGGGCAGAGUGAGAAAGCAUUGGUGGAUUUGGUUAUGACUGUACAAAGACAGAUUAGAAGGUUGUUAUCGGGAGAGGUGGAGAGAAAGAGGCUCAAGGAGAACCUCGCAGAGAUAGAUGCUUACAUCAGCACUGAGCUGGAGAAAGCGAAGCCUUCUACCUCUGAGGUUGGUCACUCUCACAGUAGGCAAAAGCAAAAAAUUCGGGCUUCGUCGCCAAGGUACCUUACACCACCGACAGCUAUUCCACUUGCCAUAGAAGCCGGAAUAGCAACCAGAUUCAUAGAAUCUGUUCAGCAUUCUCCAGUUAUGCAGGCCCUUCCUAUUAAGGCUGAUCCUGAUAGUGAGGAUAAUAAUCAUGAAGAGGGCAAUACUAUAAUGGAAUUGGAUCAGACGAGGAGUAUUGAGCCUGUGGGGAUACAACUACAGGAGGAGGCCAUUGAUUCAUCUAGUAAGGAAGCAAAUGAGGAAAAUGGAAAAGUGAAGGAGAAUGUUAAUGAACCUAUGGAGAAGAUUAAUGUGCGGGAGACUGCUAACGAAACAAUAGAGAAUGAUGAACAGAUGGAAACCAUUGGUGCAGCGAUCGAGGGUAAUAAAGUGCAAGACAAUCCUGAUAUAGUUAUGGAGGAUGAUGAAGUUAGAAAGAGUAUUAGUACAAAUAUGCAGAGUGCUAAAGGGUUGGAAACCAUUGAUGAACCAGUAAAGGUGGAUAAAAUGCUGGAGACUUUAGCUGUAACUAUUAAAGAUGGUAAAGUAAAGACUCUGGAUUCACCUAUGAGGACUGGUGAAGUGAAAGAGGGGGUUGACGAAUCUAUCGGGGAUGAUAAAAUGCAUGAGACUGUUAAUGCACCCAUGGAGAAUGACGAAAAAUACAAGGUUGUUGGUGAAUCUAUCGAGGAUGGUAACGUGCACGAGACUAUUCAUGCAUCCACAGAAGAGGAUAGAGUCCAAGACAUUCACGAUGAACUUAUGAAUGAUGAAAAGAGCGAGACAAUCGAAGCACACACGGAGCAUGUAGAAGAGCAAGAACGGGUUGAUGAACCCAUGGAGAGUUCUCAACUUCGAGAGGAGCAAGAAAGGGUUGACGAACUGGUGGAGAGUUCUAAAGUUCGAGAAGAGCACGGAAGGUUUGACAAACCCAUGGAGACUUCUAGCGUUUCAGAGGAUGCCAAAGCACCAACCGAGAAUGCUAAUAUUAGUGAGAAAGUUGGUGCGCCCAUGCAGAAUGAUGAAAUCCAAGAGGCUCAUGAUGGACUUAUGAAGGAUGAUGAAGUGCACAAGACUGUUGAAGCACGUACCAAGUGUGUGGAAGAACAAGAAAAGGUUGAUGAACCCAUGGAGCGCUGUAGAGUGCAAGAUAAUGUCGAAGCACCUGCAAAGAAUGCUAAAAUUGAGGAGAAAGUUGGCGCAAGAGCGACUCCUCGUGAAGUCAUGAAGGAUGAGGAAGUGCGGGAGACUCUUGAAGUGCAUAAGGUGGAGUGUGUAAAAGAACAAGAAAGGGUUAAUGAAACCCUGGAGAACUCUAAAUUGCUAGAAAAUGUUGAAUCACCAGCGGAGAAUGCUAGAAUUAAGGAGAUAGUUAUAGCACCCACAAAGAAUGAGGAAGUCCAAAAAACUCCUGAUGGAAUCAUGAGGGAUGAUGAGGUUGGGGAAACUGUUGAAGCACAUAUAAAGCAUUCAAAGUCGGAAGAACUUGGUAAUGAACCCAACGACAAUUCGAAAGUUAAAGAGACUCUCGAUUUACGUAUGAAGAGAGAUAAAAUUAAAGAGAUGGUUACCGAACCUACUGAGGAAGCUGCAGGUGCGUGUGUAGAGUGGUCUGAAGUGCAAAAGCGUUUAAGAUCAAACAGAAGGAAAAGGAAGAGGUUCCAUGUACAGUCAACUUUUUGACUUCAAAAUCUGGUUCUCUUCUUUGUUUUUUCUUAUGUACCAACACGUGUUAAUAAGGUCGUACAAUCAGAAGCAAUCAUCUUAAAAUGUUGUAACUAAAUCUUAUUAACUCCUAAGAACCACCAAAUCUUAUCUUUAUUGGGGACCAAAUUUUUUUUAAGCCUAGUUUGGGAUUGCCAA